AUGCGCUUCUCCUCCUCCUCCUCCUCCUCCUCCUCCUCCAUCCUCGCCAGCUUUGUGUCUCUCGUCACCGCUGCCGCUGCCGCAGGACCGCUCCAAGCACCGGACUUGAGCUCGUUCAUUGCGCAGGAGAGGGCCAUCGCACUGCAGGGCGUCAAGAACAAUGUUGGACCCAGUGGAAGCAAAGCGUCUGGAGCUGGUGCAGGCUUCAUCGUGGCCAGUCCGUCCAAGGUCGAUCCGCCCUACUUCUAUACGUGGACCCGUGAUUCGGCUCUCACGAUGAAGAUGAUUGUCGAUGAGUUUCUCCUAGGGAAGAGGGAGUUGCAGUCCUACAUCGAGGAUUACAUUCACGCCCAGGCUGUCCUCCAAACGGUCGCCAAUCCGUCAGGGACUUUUCUCCCGGCUGGUCUGGGGCUUGGAGAGCCCAAGUACCAGGUUGAUGGGACGAGAUUCAAUGGGGCUUGGGGACGUCCCCAGCGUGACGGACCUGGUUUACGGGCAAUCGCAAACGGCCAGUCCGAGAAAGCCAGAGAGAUCAUCUGGCCGAUUAUUUCCAACGAUCUGUCCUAUGUCGGCCAGUACUGGAAUUCUACCGGCUUUGACCUUUGGGAAGAAGUCCAAGGCUCCAGCUUCUUCACUGUUCAAGCUCAGCACAGAGCACUCGUCGAAGGCACCGCACUUGCCAAGUCCUUGAACGUAAACUGUACCGGCUGCGACCAAGCACCCCAAGCACUCUGCUUCCUCCAGUCUUUCUGGAACGGUAAGUAUAUUGUUUCUAAUAUCAACGUCGACAACGGACGUUCCGGACUUGAUGGAAACUCUAUCCUCGGCUCUAUCAACAACUUUGACAUCAACGCUACCUGCAGCGACGAAACCUUCCAGCCCUGUAACAGCAAGUCUCUUGCAAACUUCAAGGCCCUCAUCGAUACCUUCCGCGAUGCCUACACUAUUAAUAAAGGUAUUCCCAAGGACAAGGGUGUUGCGGUAGGACGGUACACCGAGGAUACCUACCAAGGCGGCCACCCAUGGUAUCUUAUUACGACAGCCGCUGCCGAGUUUCUCUACGACGCAGUCGCCCAAUGGAAAGCUCGACAAGUCCUUUACGUCGACGCUACCUCUCUUGCUUUCUUCCAGGACCUUUACCCAGCAGUCACCGUCCGCCAAUACAACAGCGGUGACGCCAACUCCCCCUUCGCCCAGAUCAUGGACGCUGUCACCGCCUACGCCGAAUCCUUCGUCGCCGUGGUCCAGCAAUACACUCCUGCCGACGGAUCACUCGCCGAGCAGUUCAAUCGUGACAGUGGCGUCCCUCUUUCAGCUGCAGACUUGACUUGGUCCUACGCCGCCUUCGUCACCAUGGCUGAACGUCGUGCGGGCGAGUACCCACCGUCUUGGAACACCCGCCACGUCGCUCCUGUCCCCACAGCCUGUGCUGGUACUUCCACCCCAGGCGUCUACGUCCCAGCCACCGCGGCAGGCGCGCCAAACGUGACGACAGGCUGCCAGAUCAACGUCCAGUUCAACGUCAACGCAUCCACCUACUUCGGCGAGAACCUCUACGUCUCCGGAUCAUCCACCGAUCUCGGCGCCUGGGAUCUGGGCAACGCGAUCCCGAUGGGCGCGGGCGGGUACACGAGCGAGAGACCGCUGUGGAGCGUCAGCACGUAUCUCCCCGCCGGGCAGACGGUGGACUUCAAGUAUGUGAGGGAGCAGAACUGCAACCAGGCGCCCAUUUUCGAGAGCCAGGACCGGACGCUGGUGGUCCCCGCUUGCGGCAGUGCGGCUGUGGUGACGGAUGAUGCGUGGGUGGGGCCCGUGGGCACGUCUGGGAACUGCAGCUGA